UGCAUGGGGAACUCUGUGGCACAGGGAGGCAGAGGGUCCUGGGGGUGAUGCUGAGGCCCAGGGUUCAUGAUAAAGGCCUUUCUUUGGCCCUUCUAGCCACAGUGCCUCCCCAUCACUCCUCGUCCUUGGCAAGCUGAACUGAUGGUCCUCAGUGGCCUCUCCUCUCUCCCAGGUGUCAGUUCUGUCACCCGAUGAGGUGACAGCCAACCCACUAGCAUGCCCUGUGCAUUGCCGCUGCGAUGGUCACCAUGGGGACUAUCUGGUGUGAAGGCCUUGGUCACUGCUGGGGUGUUUGUAACCACCCUCUGGAACCUGAGGUUCUUCCUCAACUCCUCCAAGGGCUCUGGAGAAGACUCUAAACACAGGGAGCCAUUGGUGAUCCUGGUGUGGGAAUGGCCCUCCAAGCAGGUCCCUAAUGUCAGCAGAGACGUGUGCCAUGAGCUGUACGGCAUCACAGGCUGCCAGCUCACCACAGAGCGGCAGCUCCUGCACCAGGCCAAUGUGGUGGUGUUCCCCCAUUCCAGGCUCCAGCCUGGCCGAGACAAAUUGCCCAAGGAGAGGUUGCCAGGGCAGAACUGGGUGUGGGUCUCCCUGGAGUCCCCAUCAAACAGUAGAGCUCUAGAAGCAUGGAACAGGACCUUCAACUGGGUGAUGACUUACAGACAGGAUUCGGACAUCUUCAUCCCCUAUGGCAAGCUUGUGCCCAACCAGUCAGCCACUGUGAACAUCCCUGCAAAGACCAACUUGGUGUCCUGGGUUAUCAGCAACUACCACAGGACUCAGAAAAGAGCUGAAGUCUACAAAAACCUUUCCAGGUACCUCCAUGUGAAUAUAUAUGGGAAAGCAAACAACAAGCCCCUCUGCAAGGACUGCCUCUUGUCAACAAUAUCCAAGUCCAAGUUCUACCUGGCCUUUGAGAACUCCAUCCACCGGGACUACAUCACAGAGAAACUCUGGAGGAACUCACUGCUGGCCGGCACCGUGCCUGUGGUGUUGGGGCCACCCAGGGCCAACUAUGAGCAGUUUGUUCCUGCAGACUCCUUCAUCCAUGUCAACGACUUUGGCUCCCUGGAGGAGCUGGCCACCUUCCUGAAGACCAUGAACUCCAGCCGCUACCAGCAAUUCUUUGCCUGGCAGAAGAGGUUCAGUGUGAAACUCUACACCGACUGGAGGGAGCGGAUCUGUGCUAUCUGCACAGCCUACCCCCGCCUGCCCCAUGGCCACCUCUAUCCUGACCUGCAGAGCUGGUUCAACUCCUAGUGUGCUGGGACCCUUGGGAUGAAUGCAGGCAGGGGUGGGAGAUGCGUGAGGCACCCUCCUGCACACAGGAUGUGAAAC